AUGCUCGAAACCUUGGCAAAGCGGGUAGAUUCAACAGAGAAGAGGGUGAAAACGUAUAAUUCUCGGGUGGAUCAAAUCCCGGGGGCUCUGCCUAUUCUAAAAGGGCCAGAUUCAAAAAGGUACAUUCAAAGGCCUUUCCCUCCAAGUGUGGCUCCGAAGUUGAUCCCGAAGAGGUUCAAAAUGCCGGAUAUCCAGAAAUAUAACGGCACAACGGACCCACAGGAGCACGUGACUUCGUACACCUAUGCCAUUAAAGGUAAUGACGUCGAAGAGGAUGAAAUUGAGUCCGCGUUGUUGAAAAAGUUUGGGAAAACUCUAUCGAAAGGAGCAUUGACCUGGUACGACCAUCUGCCCGAGCAUUCAAUCACUUCUUUUGAGAUGCUAGCGGAUGUGUUCAUAAAAGCCCAUGCCAGAGCUAAAAAGGUGCAGGCCCGGAAAACGGACAUCUUCCGUAUAGCCCAAAGGGAUGAUGAGUUGUUACGAGAAUUUGUGAACCGCUUCCAAAGAGAUCAGAUGGAGCUCCCUCCGGUUCCGGAGGAAUGGGAUGCACAAGAUUUUACCAAAGGUCUUAAUCCUCGGAGCUCGACAGCCUCAUUCAAACUGAAAGAGAAUUUGCUGGAGUGUGAGGCUGUGACCUGGGCAGCUGUUUAUAAGAGGUACGAAUCAAAGAUUCGGGUAGAGGAUGACCAACUCGAGCAUCCCCCGGGACCCAUAAAUAUAAUCAAAAGCUCUGAAAGGUCGAGAAAAGUUUACAAGCCGGAGGCGCGAUCAUUAAGGGAAAGAUACCAGCCAUACUCUCAUUCCGAAAAAUCGAGCUUCAGAUCGGAAAGAUCAAAGGUUGGCCCUAGUCAACUCUCUGGUCGGGGUGAUAAACCAGCUGAGCGCCGGUCGAACAGUCGAGGUCUAUCAUUUAGAAGCGAUGCCGGGAGUUCGGCUAGCAACAAAGACUUACCAAGGAUAUCGGAGUACAACUUCAACAUCAAUACUUCGGAUCUAGUCUCGGCUAAUGGCCGUAUCGCAGAAGCAAGAUGGCCGAGACCACUAAGAUCAGACCCGGGUCAACGGGAUCCAAGCGUGAUGUAUGAGUAUCAUGGAACCCAUUAG